AUUCUGAGAGAGAGAGAGAGAGAGAGAGAGAAAGAGAGAGAGAGAGCGAGAAGAGGAGAAACACUGGCAGAGCAGACGCUGUUCGUACACCGUGGCUCUCUUCCUCUAAGAUGCUAUUCUCCCAUCUUGCUCUGUGUUCUUCCUAAUACUUCUUUGGGUCUCUCUGUUACAUCGAAGAUUUUUGAAUUUGAGAUUGAGAGACGCUGUCCUUAAUGUUUUAGGGUUCGCUUGGAAAAGGUGAUGAUGUCCAAAGCCGCGGUUAGAAAAAAGACUGUAGAGAAUUCAGGUGAUGUGAAGUUGUUAAACGAGAUAGAAAACAUAAGCAAAGCCCUAUACUUGGAGAAAAACCCUUCCAGGGCUUCAAUUUCUGCGCCUGGUAAUCGAUCAAAACCAACUAGAAAAUCCCAGUUACUUGAUCCUAAAUCCAAGAUAAAGCGUGGAAAUGAAGAUUCAUCACAAAAGGAUAAAAAGUCCUUUUGGAAUUGGAAACCAUUAAAAGCCCUUUCAAAUGUUAGGAACCGUAAGUUCAAUUGUUGCUUCUCUCUCCUAGUCCACUCCAUUGAAGGGUUUCCCUUAAGUUUUGAAAAUAUUAGCGUUUGUGUCCACUGGAAGAGACGGGACGGGGAGCUGGUUACACGUCCUGUGAAGGUAUUUGAGGGUAUAGCUGAGUUUGAGGAGAAGUUGACACUUACAUGCUUGGUCUAUGGGAGUAGGAGUGGACCUCACCACUCAGCAAAGUAUGAGGCGAAACAUUUCUUGCUUUAUGCAUCUGUGAUUGGCGUCCCGGAACUUGAUUUGGGGAAGCAUAGGGUUGAUCUCACAAGGCUGCUUCCUCUCACAUUGGAGGAAUUGGAGGAGGAAAAGAGCUCGGGAAAGUGGACUACAAGUUUUAAGCUGUCAGGUGAAGCAAAGGGUGCCAUGAUGAAUGUUAGUUUUGGGUAUACUGUGGUUGGGGAUGGUCAAAUUCCACUUGGAAAUAACCAGAAUUUUCCAGACUCCAUUAAUUUGAACCAGAAUAAUGCAAGAGCAGUGAAACCCAUUCCUAAAUUUGGUCAAGGUGAUGGGAAGAGCACAAUUCGUCACGCCGGAAGUCUUCCUGGUGCUUUGAAACACCAGCGACAUGCCUCAUCUGGAUCUGUAAAAGAUAUAAAAGAGCUUCACGAGGUCUUGCCAACAUCAAAGUCGGAACUUGCCUGUCAGGUACUUAUGCUGUACCAGAAAGUCAAUGAAGAAAAGUUGGAUUCUUCAUUUAAUUAUAAGCCCGAGCUUGAUGUGUUCACGGAAAGUCUUGACCCCAUGAAGUCAAAGUUAUGCAUCGAGCCUAAAUCCAGCCAAGACAAUGCUGAAAAGGAGUGUGAAGAUGGUGAACCUUCUGUGAUUGAGCAGGGAGUGGAAUUGUCUAAAGGGGAAGGGGCGAAACCAGUGGAAGUUGCUGUUAAGGCUGAUAAUGUUUCUUUACUAGAAGACAAAAUUGAUGAUAGUUUUCAUUCAAGUUCUGAAGAGGGUGGUAGGCUUCAUCCCCAUGAUGCAGGAAAUGACAGCAUCAAAGAUGAGCUCAUGGUGCAUGAUUGCAGUUUUAAGGAGGAUGAGAUAUGCUCAAAAGAGUCUGUGAUGAAAGAAUUAGAAUCUGCCUUGAGUAAUGUGGCAAAUUUGGAAAUUGAAGCAUUUGAGUCUCCUGAAGAAAAAGAAAAUUACAUGGAAAUCAAGAAAGAUUAUGAAUCAAAUACGGAUGGGCCAUCACUUAGUUUAGAUGAUGUUACUGAGUCUGUGGCAAAUGAAUUUCUUGAUAUGCUGGGGAUUGAGCUUGGUCCAUUAGGCUUAAGUUCAGAGAGUGAACCUGAGUCUCCAAGGGAACGCUUACUAAGACAGUUUGAGAAGGAUGCUCUAGCUGGAGGUUAUUCCAUGUUUGAUUUUGGUUUUGACAUUGAGGACCAAACAGAAUGUGAGCUCAACACAUCAAUUGUGUCUGAUUGGGGAAAUUUGUCUGAGAAUUUUGAUCUGUCAUCAGUUAUCCAGGAUCCUGAGGAGCAGCAGAUGGGAUCUCAGGCAGAGAGUGGCAAGACAAGGGCAAAAAUGUUGGAAGACUUGGAGACAGAAGCUUUAAUGCAUGAAUGGGGCUUGAAUGAUGAGGCUUUUCAGUAUUCUCCAUCUAAGAACUCUGGUGGCUUCGGGAGUCCCAUUGAUAUGCCCCCUGAAGAGCCAUUUGAAUUGCCACCUCUUGGAGAAGGAUUGGGUUCAUUUAUGCAGACAAAUAAUGGUGGAUUUCUGCGAUCUAUGAAUCCGUCACUUUUCAGAAAUGCCAAAAGCGGUGGGAGCUUGAUCAUGCAAGUUUCUAGUCCUGUUGUGGUACCUGCAGAAAUGGGUUCUGGUGUAAUGGAUGUACUGCAGCAAUUGGCUGCUGUUGGGAUUGAAAAGCUCUCGAUGCAAGCAAAUAAGUUAAUGCCUUUGGAAGAUAUCACUGGAAAAACAAUGCAACAAGUAGCAUGGGAAGCUGCAGCUUGUCUAGAGGGACCUGAGAGACUAAAUUCAUUGCAGCAUGAACUGAAGAAAGAGGAACCUGGUGAGCCCAAGAAUGUGAAGGGGAGAUCAUCUACACUUAGAUCUAACAGGCUGAAGUCGAGCAAAGUAGGGAAUGAGAUGGGCACAGAAUAUGUGUCUCUAGAAGAUCUUGCUCCCUUGGCUAUGGAUAAGAUUGAGGCACUUGCGUUUGAGGGAUUAAGAGUACAAUCAGGCUUGUCAGACGAGGAUGGACCCUCAAGUAUCAGUGCACAGUCUAUUGGUGAGAUUUCAGGCUUCCAAGGAAAGGGCAUCAAUUUCAGUGGAUCCCUUGGUUUGGAGGGAGCUGCUGGUUUACAAUUGUUGGACAUUAAGGACAGUGGUGAUGAUAUUGAUGGAUUAAUGGGUCUAUCACUGACUCUUGAUGAAUGGAUGCGGCUGGACUCUGGUGAUGUUGGUGAUGAAGCUCAAAUAAGCGAGCGGACUUCCAAGGUACUUGCUGCCCAUCAUGCCAGCUCCUUGGACAUGAUUCGUGGAGGUUCUAAAGGAGAAAGAAGGCAUAGCAAAGGAUCAGGUAGAAAGUGUGGUUUACUGGGGAAUAACUUCACUGUUGCUUUGAUGGUGCAGCUUCGUGAUCCUUUAAGAAACUAUGAGCCAGUUGGCACACCAAUGCUUGCUCUCAUUCAAGUAGAGAGAGUGUUUGUUCCACCAAAACCAAAAAUAUAUUGUAAGGUUUCAGAAGUAAGAAAUGACAAUGAGGACGAUGAUGAUGAUGAGUCAGAGAUAGUGAUGAAGGCAAAGUUGGGGGAGAAAACAUCUGAAGAGGAAGAAAUUCCACAGUUCUGCAUCAAUGAAGUACAUGUUGCUGGUCUCAAGACUGAGCCCGGCAAGAAGAAGCUUUGGGGUACCACAGCUCAGCAACAAUCCGGUUCUCGUUGGCUGCUUGCUAAUGGAAUGGGGAAGAGCAAUAAUCAAACAUUUAUGAAGUCAAAGACCAUUUCUAACAAACCUGCAACUCUUUCGACAACAAAUGCGAAGCGUGGCGAUAAGAUAUGGAGCAUCUCGUCUCGUUUAUUUGGUACUGGUGCGAAGUAGGAAUUGAUGGCAUUUGAUCCACAUAAACUGAAUCCAAAUGUAAUCCCUAAUGAAAUUGACCUUGCAUUCGGGUAUGUUUGAAGCGACUUUCUCAACCAUGUUACUGGAAAAUGGUAGGAAUCUCAUUCUUCUUUUUCACAGAACUCGGGAAAAUUAUUUAGAAUGCGAACCAACUGGUUAUGGGGUUGCAAAGCGCGUUGCGGAGCGAAUGCGGGCAGCACGCAGGAUGAUUCUUGAGUCCCUAUGAUGUUUAUAAAUUGUGGUGGAGUUCUUGUAUAUGGACUUCUGAAACAUCCCGCUUAUCUUUGUUGGUGUUAUACCAAGUAAAUUAAAUUGAAGAGACUUGCGAUGAUUUUAUUCCCA